AAGCAGGAAAAUAUCAUAGAAGACAUCUGAGAAAAUAAGUGUGGGCAUUGUGUGAAAUACUGUAAAUAACAUUCUGUGCAUGAAAAUGGGUGCUGAAUAACUGCCUCUUCAUCCAUGCAAUCCUGCAGACUGGUAAUUUGAGGUCCUUGGGGAAAAAGCACAUAAUCAGUCUGCAUCCUUAGCACAGACUGAUUUAGAUUGCGCAGGCAAUAUGAAUUCAAGGAUUUCCUAGUUAUUGAAUUCUUCAUUUGUAACCUUAACUAUUUUAAUGUAACUUUUUUAGCAUAUAUAACAAUACAUGAAAAAACACUACUCUUCUUCUCGAAUAUGAAAAGUUUCUUGGGUCAGCACAAAAGCUCAGAUCUCACUGUAAAUGGUGUGUUAUAAAUACCUAGAUAAAUACAAUAAAAAGCUUUUGGAGAGGAUUUCUUCCUUUUGGUUCCAGUGAGAGAGGGGUAAAUAAAAUAAUUGAUGUGCCCUGAUAGCUGUCGACCAAGUUUCAUGUGGCGUGGCAUGUCUUUCCUUUGGCAUGCAUGUAGCAGCAGCACAUUUUAGCACCUCGCCUACAGCAUCCACCUCCUGACAGCAAAACUUGUCAAUAGGAAAGCAUUCAGCACUUCAUUAUUUCUACAACCUGAGUGCAUUUGCAGAUUAAUUGAUGUGUGGGAGGAAAGGCAUCUGCUAUUGUAGAAGCCCUGAACUGUUGCAGCAAGACUAGAAAUAAACUGGUUAGCUGUAGUGAGCUGAUGAGUUUGCAGGUGUGGAAGCCUCUCAAGUGGCAUCUUGUCCAUUUUUCUUGUUGCCUUUGAUACUAUUUUUAAAAAAAAACAAACCAAACUGCUUACUGAAUUGUGGCCAUGGAAACAAACAGCAUGAUAAAGAUAAUACCAUAUAUACUUAUAUAUGGUUAGUUAGCAAGUAGUUCCAUAUUUCUUGCUGGCUCAGCACCAAAAGAGAGUUUUAAUUAGGCCUGUAAUGAAUGACUGGGAGCGUUUUAAAGGCUAUUAAUCUUGUGGUGUAAUUGAGUUAGUUAUAAUAUCAUUAUAAGCUCCCAUGAAAAUAAUAUGAAAUGUAUUCCAUUUGUUUUAGUCCUAAAGAUAUUUCUGAGGUCCCCCUGGCUUCAUCUGGCAUACUGCUACUCGAAGUCUUCAACACUGACAGAGAAAACUGUAAGACGGCUUUAUGUGCCAUUCCACCAAACCCUUCUGUUCGGCGCAUCAUCCUGUUCCUGGUCUUGGGCUCUCCGAGCUGCUGCUUUACCUGUAAACUGCGGUUGCAGUACCAUGCCGGGCUAGCAUCUGGCCUUUUGAAUCAGCAGUCUUUGAAACGUUCAGCCAACCAGAUGGGAGUAUCUGCAAAACGCCGACCAAAAGCCCAGCCGACAACUCUUGUCUUACCUCCGCAAUACGUUGACGAUGUGAUCAAUCGGAUUGAUAGGAUGUUCCCUGAAAUGUCUAUCCAGCUAUCCCGGCCAAAUGGAACCUCUGCAAUGCUUCUGGUUACCUUAGGAAAAGUGUUAAAAGUGAUAGUGGUGAUGCGGAGCCUCUUCAUUGACCGGACAAUAGUAAAAGGGUACAAUGAAAAUGUCUAUACCGAAGAUGGCAAGCUUGAUAUAUGGUCUAAAUCCAACUAUCAAGUUUUUCAGAAGGUGACGGAUCAUGCGACCACUGCUCUGUUGCACUACCAGCUGCCUCAAAUGCCAGAUGUGGUAGUCAGAUCUUUCAUGACCUGGUUAAGAAGUUACAUAAAGCUGUUCCAGGCUCCGUGCCAGCGCUGCGGAAAGUUUCUGCAGGAUGGCCUGCCACCCACAUGGAGGGAUUUCCGAACACUUGAAGCUUUUCAUGACACUUGCAGGCAAUAGUAACCCAGCCAUUGAUAACACGAGGAGGGAACAAUCUGUCGGGCUUGGAAGAGAGCUGAUGGUUUAAUAGGUGGUUCCAUUUCUGAACCUUUCAUCCUGUACUAAGUAGUGAGGUUGCACUAAUACAUUUGACUCUUCAAAAGCCAUCAGUCUCUAAGGCAUUUGUGAGACUAAUGUGUUUUGAAAAAGAUGGUAAGAAGCUGUGCGUGAUCGCUUGACGCUACUGAGCUGAAAUGGUAUGUCUGGGGAGAUCUGGCAGUAAUAAUCAUUAUUCUAAACCUUAAUGAAAAUAUCUGUGUACAGUUUGUUUUGUGACAGAAUUUGCAAUG